AUGGCCAUCUCACCAGACCUCCUUUGCACUAUUGUUACCAUACUCCAAAGUCUCAUUACGGUCACCCUCAUUGCCAGAACGCCUCGGAGCUCCUUCAUACGUUGGAUAUGCCUCCCUUCAAUAACCUACAUGGCCUACAUCGAAGGCGUUCUGAUCAGAAUGACCGACCACCAUACCUACGCCAAAGUCACUCUUAGUGGCAUGCCAUUCACCGUACUCAUCCAACAUAUAAACCUGCUUCUAGUUGCCAGAGUCGAUCUGACAAGGCAACCGGGUACGAUUGUCAGGAAACUUGCGUCUGCUUCCGCAAUACUCCAGUCUACCCGUGGUAUUGGCACGCCCUGGCAGGUAAAGAAUAUUCCCAGUCAUCCACUUGUGCUUCGUGCAAAACCACCCAGCCGAGGCUAUUUCAUGAGCAGGCAGCUGGCGAUUGCCAUAUGGGAAGUUCUUGCCCUGGUUCUCGUGCUCUCAUCGUUAGCUACCCAUGGUGUGCAGGAUUACGAUGGGUCAUACCUAUACGGAUCCGGCCGCGAAUUCGAGAUGGCAAGUUCUAGCAUGAAGCAGCUUCUCGGGCGUGUCACAGUCGCAUUUCUUUUCGGACUCCCCGGAUCGAUGCUCUUCCUGGACUCUAUGUACCGGGUGGCGUCUCUAAUAUCAGUAGCGACGGGAAUGACAACAAUCGCUUCGUGGCCCCCGGAGUUUGGGAGCCUGGCCAACACGUAUACUGUUCGCGGUUUCUGGGGCAAAUUCUGGCAUCAAAAUCUCCGUUGGUCAUACACUGGUGUUUCAACAGCAAUCACCUGCCGUAUCCUCGGUCUUCCCAAGCCCUCCUUGAUAGAACGCUAUCUCAACCUGACCAUCGUCUUCAUCCUGUCCGGCUUGAUGCAUGUAUUCACAAAUGUGAUCAGUGGAAUUGAAGGUGGAAACACCGGCGCCAUGUUGUUUUUCGUCGCACAAGCCGGUGCCAUCAUGUUUGAGGACGCCGUCCAACACUACUGGGCUAUCUUGUCACGAGGAGAGAAAAGCACUUCAGCUGAAACACCCAUCUGGCAGCGGUGCGUUGGUUUCAUGUGGGUAUUUUGCUGGUUGGGUGCAACAUUUCCCUGGUGGUGGUAUCCUAUCAUCCGGAUGCUGGUGGCGUAUGACUGGACUGGGGUGUUGGAGGUCGUUCAGGGUUUGGGAAUGACCAAGUCUAACCUUUCUGUUGUGGUGACUGUUGGUGCGGUCAUUUUGCGUAUAGUGUUUGGUGCUGAGAUCUGA